GCGCCACACGCACUCAGAACACGCAUUUGCAGGAGAUGAAGGGGAGCGAGGCACCUGUCCAGCGCAGUGGGUCAAGUUUAGGAUGGGAGAGAAAGCGCUUGAGAUGGCUGUGAGACCACGUCGGGGAUGCUCUCAUAAUGAGCGUCAACCAGUCAGCACCACCUGUGCCGCCAUUUGGGCAGCCCCAGCCUGUCUACCCAGGGUAUCAUCAGUCCAGUUAUGGUGGACAGCCAGGAUCCACUGCUCCCCCUCCUCCCUAUGGAGCCUUCAAUGGCCCCAUAUCAGCCUAUCAGCAGACACCUCCCCCAGGUGUGUCGAGGGUCCCGCCUUCUUCAGGGGUGCCUCCGACCUCCACAGCACAGGCCCCUUGUGGCCAGGCUGCAUAUGCCCAGUUUGGCCAAGGAGAUGUGCAGAAUGGCCCGAGCUCCGCUGUUCAGAUGCAAAGGCUCCCUGGCUCUCAGCCAUUUGGGGCUAGCCCGUCUGCCCCGGUCAGCCAGCCCGCCCAGCCUGCUGUGCUUCAGGCCUACGGCCCUCCGCCCACAAGUGCCCAGGUGACUGCUCAGCUGGCCGGGAUGCAGAUCGGUGGCGCUGCAGCCCCAUCCCGGGCCCCGGGAGGACUGGGCUAUGGCCCCCCAGCGCCUCUGGCCUCCGCCUCAGGGAGUUUUCCCAGCUCGGGUGUGUAUGGCUCCUACUCUCAGGGCCAGGCUCCUCCUCUGAGCCAGGCCCAGGGACACCCCGGGGCCCUGCCACCCCCGCAGCCAGCCCCACCGCCAUCCUCCAGCUUCACACCGGCACCUUCUGGGGCUCCUCGGAUGUCGUCUGUGGCUGGCCCACUCCUGCCUGGACAGGGCUUCGGGGGGCCACCAGUGAGCCAGCCCAACCAUGUGUCCUCACCCCCUCCUCAAGCUCUGCCCCCUGGAACCCCGCUGAGUGGGGCCCCGGCCCCCCCGCCACCGCCCAUGCACUCCUCCCAGCAGCCAGGCUAUCAGCUGCAGCAAAACGGUUCCUUCGGACCAGCCCGGGGCCCUCAGCCCAGCUAUGGAAGUCCCUACCCGGGCACAUCCACAUUUGGCAGUCAACCUGGGCCCCCACAGCCACUGCCGCCUAAGCGCCUGGACCCCGAUGCUAUCCCAAGUCCUCCAUUCAAUGAGCUGCCUCCUCAGCAGAAAACCAGGCACAGAAUAGACCCUGAUGCCAUUCCUAGUCCAAUUCAGGUCAUCGAGGAUGACAGGAACAACAGGGGCUCCGAGCCAUUUGUUACCGGAGUACGGGGCCAGGUGCCACCCUUAGUCACCACCAACUUCCUGGUGAAAGACCAAGGGAAUGCAAGUCCCCGAUACAUCCGGUGCACAUCCUAUAACAUCCCUUGCACAUCUGAUAUGGCUAAGCAGGCUCAGGUACCACUGGCAGCUGUCAUCAAGCCACUGGCAAGACUGCCCCCAGAGGAGGCCUCACCAUAUGUGGUCGACCACGGGGAAUCUGGUCCUGUGCGCUGCAAUCGCUGCAAAGCGUACAUGUGCCCCUUCAUGCAGUUCAUCGAGGGAGGGAGGCGCUUCCAGUGCUGCUUCUGCAGCUGCAUCAACGAUGUUCCCCCUCAGUAUUUUCAACAUCUGGACCAUACCGGCAAACGUGUGGAUGCUUAUGACCGUCCUGAGCUAUCCCUCGGCUCUUAUGAGUUCUUGGCCACUGUAGAUUACUGCAAGAACAAUAAGUUCCCCAGCCCUCCCGCCUUCAUCUUCAUGAUUGACGUCUCCUACAAUGCCAUCAGGAGUGGUCUCGUUAGGCUCCUCUGUGAGGAGCUCAAAUCACUGUUAGACUUUCUCCCUAGAGAUGGCGGGGCAGAAGAGUCAGCAAUCCGUGUUGGCUUUGUCACCUAUAAUAAGGUGCUCCAUUUCUACAAUGUGAAGAGCUCAUUGGCCCAGCCACAGAUGAUGGUUGUGUCUGAUGUGGCAGACAUGUUUGUACCACUGCUGGAUGGCUUCCUGGUCAAUGUCAAUGAGUCUCGGGCAGUCAUCACCAGCUUAUUGGAUCAGAUUCCAGAAAUGUUUGUAGACACAAGGGAGACGGAGACAGUAUUUGCCCCAGUUAUCCAGGCUGGGAUGGAGGCUCUGAAGGCUGCCGAGUGUGCGGGGAAGCUGUUUCUCUUCCACACCUCCCUGCCUAUUGCUGAGGCCCCAGGAAAACUGAAGAACAGAGACGACAGGAAAUUGAUCAACACAGACAAGGAAAAGACUCUGUUCCAGCCUCAGACAGGCGCCUAUCAGACCCUGGCCAAAGAGUGUGUGGCCCAAGGCUGCUGUGUAGACCUCUUCCUCUUCCCUAACCAGUAUGUGGAUGUGGCUACGCUCUCUAUUGUACCCCAGCUCACUGGUGGCUCUGUCUACAAAUAUGCUUGCUUUCAGGUGGAGAAUGACCAGGAACGGUUCCUGAGUGACUUGCGUUGGGACGUACAGAAGGUUGUUGGCUUUGAUGCUGUGAUGCGGGUCCGGACAAGCACUGGUAUCCGUGCUGUAGAUUUCUUUGGGGCUUUCUACAUGAGCAACACAACUGAUGUGGAGCUGGCUGGGCUGGAUGGGGACAAGACGGUGACUGUGGAGUUCAAGCAUGAUGACCGACUGAAUGAAGAGAGUGGCGCGCUCCUGCAGUGUGCCCUGCUCUACACCAGUUGUGCGGGACAGCGACGUCUCCGUAUCCAUAACCUGGCGCUGAACUGCUGCACCCAGCUGGCUGAUCUGUAUCGGAACUGUGAGACUGACACACUCAUCAACUACAUGGCCAAGUUCGCGUACCGGGGGGUCCUGAGCAGCCCUGUGAAAACUGUCCGUGACUCGCUCGUCGCCCAGUGUGCCCAGAUCCUGGCCUGUUACCGAAAGAACUGUGCCAGUCCCUCCUCUGCAGGACAGCUGAUCCUUCCCGAGUGCAUGAAGCUACUCCCAGUUUACCUGAACUGUGUGUUGAAAAGUGAUGUUCUGCAGCCUGGAGCUGAGGUCACCACGGAUGACCGCGCCUAUGUUCGACAGCUGGUGACCUCCAUGGAUGUGGCGGAGACUAAUGUCUUCUUCUAUCCGCGGCUCCUCCCACUGACAAAGUCUCCCAUUGAGAGCACCACGGAACCACCAGCAGUUCGAGCAUCUGAAGAGCGUCUGAGCAAUGGGGAUAUAUAUUUGCUGGAGAAUGGGCUCAACCUCUUCCUCUGGGUGGGAGCCAGUGUCCAACAGGGUGUUGUCCAGAGUCUCUUCAGUGUCUCCUCCUUCAGUCAGAUCAUCAGUGGCUUGAGUGUUCUGCCAGUUCUGGAUAAUCCAUUGUCCAAGAAGGUUCGAGGCCUCAUUGACAGCUUAAGGGCACAGAGAUCACGGUAUAUGAAGCUGAUCGUGGUAAAACAGGAGGACAAGCUGGAGAUGCUCUUCAAGCACUUCCUGGUGGAAGACAAGAGCCUGAAUGGAGGAGCAUCCUAUGUGGACUUUCUCUGUCACAUGCACAAAGAAAUUCGACAACUACUGAGCUAGAGCAAGUGGGUAGAUGGCAUAGGGUCCCAGGCCAGCUUCCAGGAAGUUACCCCAGGAGAGCAGAGAAACUGGGACACUUUCCUAUCUUAUAAGUCAUGUAAGCUGACCUCAGUCUCUUUGGGGGGUGGGGGAGGUCUAAGGAGACACCUUCUUUCUGGGCUCAAGUAUCCUACCACUCUGUCAUGUCCUGCUGAUGGAAGGUGCCCCUAUCCCUUCACUUGACCCUCCUUUUCCUGCUAAUCCCGUCAUAAUGAAUGUAGUUCCUCAGUUCACUGUAUAUGAUUCAGAGUUGGGGGCACCCAGACCCUGGCAGCAAUAUGUGUCCCUCUGGACCAGCCUCCACAAGAGGGGUAGGCAGGAAGGAGUGGGGAAUCCCAGGGUGACUGGGGGCAGGGGGGCAGGGGGGCUGAUUCAGCUCAAUGUCAUCAACAACUUCCUAUAUUAGGGAUAAAACAUACAGGUGCACAAGAGCUGCAGGUGGAGGCCAUAGGAGGUGAAGAGAAAAGUGGUGGGCCCCUUCUGGGCCUAGAAGGCAGCAGCGAGUGAGAGUUCCUGCCGGUGGUGGAUGAGCUUUCGCAGCUCCCACUGCUGUCUUUCUCUUCGGCAAUGGUCGGUGAUCGCCGUGAAUAGAGGCGCGUGGUGAGCGCUGAAUGCGCCUGAGAACUGAAUUGCAGUCUAUCACAGCCUGGGAGAGCCCCCAGCCUCCUUCCCGGCCCGAGAGGCCCCAGCACUGGAGGUUCUGUAGGGAGCCUGGCCGUCAACUUGCAAUACCUCACAGAGCCAGCCCACACCCCAACUCCGAGCUUCCACUGGAAACACUGCUUUCUCCAAGCUGGGGGACCUGGGAGAGAGGCAUAGGCUGCUGGAGCUCCGUCCUCUCCUGCCAGGACACCAUGGGAUACCACUGGGCUCUGGUGUUGAGAGUGGCCGACAUGUAUCUUCCAACCCCAACUGUCUGGGGCAGGACAAGGGCUAGGCUAGAUGGUGCCAGCUUGCCUGCUCCCGGCCUGGGCUCCCCCUGCCCCGGACCUCUCAUUUCUCCUCAUUGGUUUAUUUUUCAAUGCAUCUUUAAUUUGUAAAGAAAUAAAAUAAAUUAAGAUGUAACCAGUC